CCAGCUGCGUCCGAGCACUGAACUUUUCUUUUCAACGAGAUUCGCUAAAACCUCCCCCCCCCUCCGCCCCGACCCCCACACCCCUCCCACCCCGACAAAAAACAGAGACGGACACGCGGCGGAGCCAUGGGCUGCGGGCUGCGUAAGAUGAAGCCCACGUCGGAGGAGAACAGUCCGGGCAAGAUUUACUCCACCCUGAAGAGACCACAGGUGGAGACCAAGGUGGGCGUGGCCUACACCUACCGCUACCUGGACUUCCUCAUCGGCAAAGACGGCGGGACGUCCACGCUGCGUCUCUCGUCGGUGCGCGAGCUGCCCGGCCAGCUGCAGGAGCUCUACCAGCAGGGCUUCGUCCUGGCGUCCGUUCACCCCUUCAUCCACCCGAGUGGUCCAGAGUCCAACAGCCCGCAGCACCAGCUCUACCGGGCCAUCCUGAUCCGACUCAACGACGGGGUGGAAAGGAGCCAGUGUGUCGGCCCAUCGUACAAGCUGCAGCUGGAAGAGUGUCUGUCCGCCGAGCAGGUGCCCACCCCCGAGCUCAUCCAGGGCUACGUCAAGAAGCAGAUCCAGGAUGCUGCUGACCAGGGGGUGAUGUUCGUGGGGUUCGUCCAGGAACCAUACGGGGCCCCGUGCACCAGGAUCCGUCAGCCGGACACGCCCUCCCUUUCCCUGCACUCCAGCCCCAGCUCCGUGCUCGGCUCCCUGGGCAGCCGCAGCCCCUCCAGCCCGUCCAGCCCCGGAAACCACCACGCUCCUGCUCCCGCGGCUCGGGAUGACGCGGCGGGCCGAGCCGGGAACGAGGAGGCCUCCCGCGAGGCCGGCGCCGGGGAGAAGAGUCAGGGCGGGAGUCCCGGGAAGCGUCCGGGGAGCGGAGGGGAGGGCAGUCAGGUGGCGGCCUCUCCCGUGGCGUCUCCAACGCCGGAAGGAGAUCCGGAGCGCGGCGGCGAGGAGGCGACGGAGGACGAGACGCCGAGCCGCGACAACGACAGAGGCAGCGGCAGAGACGCCACGGAGAGGCCCAGAUAUCGCCCGCGGAGGGGCGACGGCGCGGAGCUGCUGGCUUUGUACAACCACCCGCCGGUGCGAGAGGGACAGAUGAAGUACUACACCGUCAAGGUGCCGCUGCGGGUUCAGAACUGCGACGAGGGGGUCAAAGGAGUGGAGGCCAACUGGCUGGAUCACAUGACCCAGCACUUCAACAGCGGAGCCUCGCUGGUCGACGGGUACUUCCACCUGGGCAACGGGAACGAUUUGCUACCCAAGUCAGUAGAAAGCGUCUUCGUCUUCCAGGAGGCGUGCGAGGUUGAGCCGAACGCGGCGCCGCCGACCUACGACGCCAUCGUGGUGGAGCAGUGGACCGUCAUCAACGGUUUGCAGGUGAAGGCCGAUUAUGUUCCCCUGCUGCAGUCGCUGGCCACGUACGGAUGGAGGCUCACGUGUGUGCUGCCAACUCCUGUAAUCAAGACCAACAGUGAUGGAAGUCUGUCGACCAAACAGAUUGUUUUCCUGCAGAGACCCAUCUUGGGCCGAAAGAAGAGGGAAUCCAAGAAAUUGAUCUUCAAGCCCCGCGGCAAGUCCAACAAGAACUGCGUCAAAGACUCGGCAAAGAACAAGAACAAGAAGAAGAAAGCAAAAACCGACGGUGAUGCAGAAGAUCCCAAGAUUACUGACCGCAGUGAGAAGGUCGAGAGGGAUGAAGAGAAAAGUAAGGAGGAGGGGGUCAACGCAACCGAUAGAGAGGCAUCCAAAGAAAGGCAGCUGAGGUCCGAGGAAGAUGGAAUGAUGAAUGCCGGGAUUGAAAUAAGCAUUGAAAAGAAAGACGGAGGAGCAGAGACGGAGAACAAAGGAGCAGAAACCGGCACAGCGGAGGAGGGAGAAGAAAAGGCAGCAGUGGAAGAAGUGGGAACGAAGGAAAACGGAGAUCCUCCGGAAACCGAGGAGGUCCAGGAAGUGACGGAAAUCACUGCGACCGUUGAAACGCGCAGCGACACCAAAGAAGAAGAAGAAGGAGGAGGCGAGGGCGCGGCAGAGGCCGUGAUGGAAAACGGGGUGAAGACGGACGAGGAGGACGAGGGCGAAGAGGUCGCGAUCAACCGCGGGACAGAAGGGCCAUCGGGGGAGGAGGCGACCGCCAAGGAGAUGUCGGCGGCGGCCUCGCGGGCCGGGGCGGCUGUCGAAAGCCGAGCGGAGGAAGAGUAGCCCCGAGCAGUCCAACCUCAAGCUUUUCUUUCCCACCCUACCUCUCAAAUUCCCCAUCGCAAGAACCGCCCCGCAGUCGUCGUCCCUGAUCCGGAUCAAAUGGGCCUUCGAUCCCAAGCGCUGCAGCAUUUUCCAAAACCCACCGACUCUCGUAGACGACUCCCCCCCCCCGCAACCUGCAGUAGUGUAGCUACACAGAUGUGUCAUCCUUAAUCAUGCUUAACAUACCGAAUGUAUAUAUCUAAAUCACAUCUGUAAUGUGGAGACACUGGAUCGGAACGAUGCCUCGAUCAGAAUGGGCGCCUUUUUGGCGAAUGUGAAACAGCUUAGCGGGAUUUGGUCACACACGCAUACAAAAUGUAUUUCCUUUCAUUGAAUUGCAGAGAUGAUUAGGUUUGUUCGUCAGUAAAUCUUUUAGUAAGUCGUCUCCCAACUCUUCAACGGAGGAAGCUACCGUAGCUUAGCUUAGGUUGUUGCGCCGGACACUUUUAAUUCGCCUCCUGCGUCCGAAUAUGAACCGCCGCACAGGAGGGAUAUUUCAGAGGAGUCAAUUAAUUGUUUGAUGAACAUAUUGUUCCAGCAGCAACCCGAGAUAGGAAGCUCGCUAACUGACGGUUAGCAAUUGAUAAUCAAAUAAAAAGGCGAGACAAACCUCGAGAACAAAAUGUGAGAGCGCAGCAAUCAGACCCUCGAUAAGUCAAAAUGUUUAUGUCAUUCAUUUAAUUAUUUUUUACCAACUAGCCUUUUGAAUUGUCGCUACGUCCUAAUUUACACUGGGCCCCUUUGUGGCGUGAACAGGCCUUUCAUGGGGUAAACUUUACAUGUGUAAAGUGUUGCUUCGCUGCGUGCACCAGUCAGUCGUGAUGCGGUGGGGGGAGCGCGGGGGGGGGGGGGUGGGAGGGAAAGGGCGUUCGUUGCGACAGGCAAUCCAAAGUAGGGUGAAGAGAUAAUUGUUUACGCCGAGCUCUGAGCCGCCGAGUGCUUCAAAGAGAGCCGAUAAUCACUCUUUGCUGGGGGGGGGGGGUGCUGAGCUCACCUUGCA